AUUUUUGAUCAAUCUAUCAAUUGUAAAUAUUUUUAUUCUGAGAGCUGAAGUACCCGUUGGCAGAAGGGAUAGCAUGUUGACUUUGUUUGUUUUUAUUUAGGAAUUUAAAGUCAUAAUUCAUAAAAAUAAAGCACUUCGAAGUUUUGCUUACAGCUGAUGAGAUAUAUUAUUGUUCAUUUGAAGAAAACAAAUUAUGAAGGUGAAAAUUCUAUCAAGAAACCCUGACGACUAUUUAAGAGAGACAAAAAAUGAUAUUCAUAAAAUUAAACGAAACUAUGAUCCAGCUCUUCAUCCCUUUGAUGUUGCCAGAGAAUAUACUAGAGCCUUAAAUGCUAUUAAGUUAGAAAGGGUGUUAGCCAAACCAUUUAUGUAUUCAUUAGACGGUCAUAAUGAUGGUAUUCAAUGCAUGUUGAAACACCAAACAUCUCUAUCUCUAUUGUUUUCUGGAGCUUAUGACGGAGAAAUUCGCAUGUGGAAUUUAGCUAAUCAGAAAUGUUUAAAAGCAGUUCAAGCUCAUGAUGGUAUAGUCCGAGGUCUUUGCAUGCCAAAUGAUGGCAGCCGUUUAUUGUCCGUUGGUGAUGACAAAGUUGUGAAACACUGGAGCUUAGAAGAGCCAGCUUUAACAGAGCCUAUUGAAGCAAUUGUUAUGAAGACUGUUGUUAGUGGAAUAGAUCAUCAUCGAAAGCAAUCUAUGUAUGCUACAUGUGGUGAAAAAGUCGAUAUUUGGGAAAGUACUCGAUCAGAACCCUUACGUUCUCUCACAUGGGGUGUUGAUACUGUAAAAUUUAUCAAGUUCAAUCCUAUUGAGGUUAAUAUCUUUGGUUGCACAUGCAGUGAUCGGAGCAUAGUUCUAUAUGAUGUAAGAGAAGCCAAUCCUCUAAGAAAAGUCACCAUGGAUUUGUGUUCUAAUGCAAUAUCUUGGAAUCCAAUGGAAGCAUUUGUUUUUGUUUCUGCAUCUGAAGAUUAUAACCUGUAUUCUUUUGACAUGCGAAAACUAACAAUGCCUCUACAAAUACACAAAGAUCACACUUCAGCUGUCUUAGACGUGGAUUAUUCACCUACAGGAAAAGAAUUUGUUUCAGGAAGUUAUGACAAAACUAUUAGGAUAUUUCCUCAAAAAUCUGGACGAAGUCGAGAUGUCUAUCACACAAAACGUAUGCAGAGGCUUACGUCUGUUCUAUGGUCCUUAGAUAACAAAUAUAUUUUGACUGGUUCUGAUGAAAUGAAUAUAAGAAUGUGGAAAGCCAAGGCUUCAGAAAAAUUAGGCUCUAUGUCAUAUAGAGAAAGAAUGGCCCUUAACCACGCAGAAAAACUUAAAGAAAAAUUCGGCAGGCAUCCACAAGUUCAGAGAAUCGCAAGACAUAGGCAUGUACCUAAGCAUGUGUACAAUGCAGCAAAGGAACACAGAACCAUUAUUGAAUCUAAGAAGAGAAAGGAGGCCAACAGAAGAGCACACAGCAAACCUGGUACUGUACCAUAUGUUAGUGAACGUGUUAAACAUAUUGUACAAGAAGAGUGAUCACAUGUAUUAUACUGUAUAAUAAAAUUUUUAUUCAUUA